CACGGACUGCAAACUGAUCUCGCUCUCGAGCUCCCGCACAUUUCUGCUGUUGUGGUCUUGACACCUCGGGACCGGCGGAUUUAUCCACUCCCCAGUGCCCAGCCUUCGCUUCCUCCGUUAUCGCCCCGUUUCGCCCUUCUCUCCAUUCGCAUUCGCAUUCGCGCUUGCUUGCUUGUGGCGGCAUUGCCGUCUGGGCAUGGGACUAUUAUCCCUCACCUGCCACUGCUGCAUUGGGGACUUGCAGCUUCGGUCGGAACUGCAGUUGCGCAGUGGUUUUCAAGAAUUGGCUGACAUUGGGGCCGGGACGGUGAUGAGGACGGGAUUUGGAUUGGGUUUUGGCUUGAAUUUCGGAACAGCUCGAGAAGCGCGGAUUGCUGUCGAGAAACUGAAAGAAUUCAAGCGCAGGGCUGCUGCAGGAACUUUUCCAGGAGAAUUUGCCGCGUCGUCUCGGUCUCGGAUAAGUUCGGGACUGGGAAUUGGUGCAGCUGAACCUGAAUUUUUGCUGUAAUACACCUUCCGAUAUUUAGUUUUAUCCACCGCACGUUGGAUUCUGAAUUGAAUUGGAGAAAUCGGGGGAAGCUAGAAGCCUUUUGCGUGGCUGGGUUGUAGUGGAGUGGAGAAUCUACACAUCAUGGGGUUCGCUUCUGUGUGUUGCCCUCCCUCGGUGCCGUAUUUCCGCCAUGAAAUAGCCAAAGGAACUUGUACCCCUCUAUUUCUCCACAGGCGCUCUGUGAAUUCAACAUCUGUGGCUCACAGGUAUUGGCGUCUCAAAAAUUCCUCCCUUACUACUAAGAGCUUUUUGCAACCCUCUGGUAACGAGAAUCACCAUACUACAAAUGAGGAAGCAAACUCCCAGGAUUCUCACUCUGUAUCGAAGAUCCAUGGAAUGUCAGCAGUAUUGACUGCUGAUUAUCUACCUUUACAAGAUACUGAGGGACCAGAUGAUCUUGUUUAUACUGAGGCAGGAAUGCCUGCUUUUCAGGUUUUGUCUCCAACUCAACAGGAACUUCUUUCUGCAACGCCUGCACAUCCGGAAGCUCUCAACGCUUUGUACGGUACCUACACCGCUGCGUGCUUUAUGGAGAGGGUAUGGCGGUUUAUCGCCCCCAUGGUGCUCGCCAUGCUGUCGAAGAGUCUCAUGCCCGUGGCUGUGGUCGGCUUUGUAGACCAGUUUAUCAUUUUUGUAGCCGGACCAUGGGUCGGAGCCGUCAUGGAUACCAUGCCAAGAGUUAAAAGUUUUAUGACACUAAGUGUGAUUCAGACGGUGGCCAUGCUUGUGUCAGUUGGUGCUACCAUGUACGCGCUCAAGACUGGAUUCGGAACUCUUGCUACUACCAGCCAGUCAUUACUAGCUCAGCCAUGGUUCCUGGUUCUCGUGGUAGCUGGAGCAAUUGAACGGUUGACGGGCCUCGCAAUAGGUGUGGCGGCAGAGAGAGACUGGGUCGUACUGCUAGCUGGUACUACACGACAAAUUGCUCUUGCUGAAGCAAACGCAGUCCUUCGGAGAAUUGACCUGAUAUGUGAGAUUGCUGGGCCCACUUUGUUCGGCGUUUUACUGUCAAGUCAUGGUGCUCCGUUGUGCAUAACUGUUGCCGCCGGGAUAAUGGCAGUGACAUUACCAGCUCUGAUAAUGUUGGUCCAUACGACGGACAAGCUUUCGAAGGGAGUCCUGCAUCGAUCGAAGUUCCAAUUAGUGAGAGAUCCAAGUAAACCACAUCAAACUUCGGCCGUGCAAGCUGGUCUAGGCAACAGUAGCUGUGGAGUGAAUGCGGUCCUGCUGGGAUGGAAAAACUAUUUUGCGCAACCUGUUCUACCAGCAAGUUUGGCGUAUGUCAUGCUGUAUUUCAAUGCUGUCCUUUCACCUGGAGGCUUGAUGACCUCUUUCUUGACUCAAUCCGAAAUCAACCCAGCAAUGAUCGGAGUGUUCAGAUCUCUGUGUGGCGUAAUGGGAUUUCUAGCCACUUUUGUAUCUGCCAGUGUGAUAAGUAAAUUAGGGGUUCUCAAGGCUGGAGCCGCGGCGCUCUUUUUCCAGGCAUCCUUGCUAGCUGUGGCAGUCGCUGUGUAUUUGACCAAAGCUUCAGGUUCAAAAGUUUCAUUGAUGAUAUUUCUCUCUCUUAUUGUUGUAUCAAGGUUAGGUCAUUGGGGCUAUGAUUUAGUGGAUGCACAAAUCUUUCAAACUGCUAUUCCAGAGUCUCAAGCGAACCAAGUGGGCACUGCGGAGAUGUCACUCGCCAGCCUAGCCGAGUUGAUAAUGCUCGGUGUAGCGAUUUUAGCGAGUGAUGUUUCUUAUUUCGGAGGGUUAGCAACGUUGUCAAUGAUUUCUACCGCUUCUGCAGCGGCAAUCUAUUGGCAUUGGUUGUCAAAUCCGACGGCGGAUCAAAUACGGCUUUUCCCUGAAGACACGAGGAUAAAAGUGCCUACAUUCACUCCGAUGAGCACUUGAAGACGGUCGGGCGAGCUCUCUAUGCACCCGAAGGUUUCACAGUUGUAAUAUUCUUCAGGAAUUUAGGCACCACAUUUUUAAAAGAACCUAGAGAGUGACCUGAAGGAGGUCACAUGUAAAUACCACAAACGUCAUUUCACCCAUUCUUUCCAGUUAGCUAGAAUGUAGACUACUCGAUUGAGACUGAAGACAAUGGCGAGAUUAGCAGCUGUCUGGAGCUGUGAAAUCUCCCAAAGGAGGUAGUGAUCCUUUGUAAAAUGGCUGGUGGUUUCGGAAGUCCGAAAGUUCCGAUAUACCAAAAUUGUGCAUGUUUUCUCGAUGUGCCCUGGUAAUCAGCACAGGGACCUUGAAGUCUGUUACUUGAUGUUGCCAAAACAUUAAGUAGUGUAUCGAUUAGGAUUGUAUUACGAAGAUAACGCGAACAGCGAUUUACACUCUGAACAAAAUGCCAGCUUCACCAGCGUCAAUGUUCUC